AUGAAGAGUCUCAAGCCCCUGAAUCGGGCGGUUCAAGCAGUCACCACCUACCCCAUGCACUCACUUCCCCUUCGCAGCACCUGUUACCUCCAAACACAGAAAAAGCCCCACAUAGAGGAACGGCUUACCCUCGAAAGGUGUAUCCUCAACCCCGAGCGAGCAGAAACCUGCCAAUCCGGCACAGACGACGAAGUCGGACGUCACAAGUCUCCAUACGACCCGUCCAAAACAGCACCCGAGAAGGAGCACCUCGCGCUGGAGGAAGAAUACAAACUGGAAGGGGACCCUAUUCAUGACCCGCUUUAUAUCAGUCCUGCAAAUAUGGAUGUUAGCCAGGUUUUGGCCCCGAUGGCUGGCGUUCAUGGUUUGCAACACUUGAGGAGUGUCAAGGGCUGGACUAGAAAGCGGAAGGAGGCGCUUCUAAGGAAGGCGCCGUACGAGAUGAGGACAUAUGAGAAUGUAUUCUUUGAGACUAGGAAGCCUCGUCCAAAGGUUUGUUGA